GGAGCCCAGCGGAGCCAUGGCUGAGGAGCAGCGGGACCUCAUCUCUGACCGCGGCAGCGGUGUGCUCAAUGUUGGGGACACCCAGAGGUCUGGGCUGGGGCGCAAAGCCGCCUUCUCCACACUCUCCAUCCUGGUGGCCCUGCUCAUUGUCGGCCAGGCUGUCACCAUCUACUACGUGUACCAGCAGAGUGGGCAGAUCAGCAAGCUGACCAAGACCUCGCAGAACCUGCAGCUGGAGGCUCUGCAGAGGAAGCUGCCUGCCAAUGCCAAGCCAGUGAAUAAGAUGAAGAUGGCCAAGGCAAACACACCUCUGGUCAUGAGUGCCCUGCAUCCUGCACCCUUUGAAGACUUUUCGGCCAAGGCCCCUGCUAGCAACAAAACUGAGGACCUAGUGAAGCACGUGCUGCUGCAAGCAGACCCCAGCAAGAUGUUCCCGGAGCUGAAGGACAACCUGAUGGACAACCUGAAGCGCCUGCGGAGCACCAUGACUCAUGUGGACUGGAAGUCCUUCGAGUCCUGGAUGCACAAGUGGCUGCUGUUCGAGAUGGCCAAGAACCCCCAGUCGGAGGACCGCAAGGCAGUCCCAGCAGCGAAAGGCACUGCUCCUCCCAGUCCUGCUGCUGGCACCCCAGAUCCAGAGGAGAUGAUCUUCUCUGGGGUGGACAUGCUUAAGCUGAACUCAGCCAAAGGAGAGUAGAAGAGGAUGCCAGCAGUUGCCUUCAGCAUCCCUGCCCCUUCAGCUCCUGCAUUAUUUUCUCUAUUUCUUUUCUGCUCUUACAUUGCUCUUCCAAGGCAGUUAACAGUGGGCGUCCCUGGGCACCCUUCCCUGGCUGCAGAGCUGCCACCACCAUCAGUGUCCCCUCAGAGGGUGGGUAGAGCAGGCUGGAGACCACCUCAGAUCCAUAAAUCCUGUUCUGUUUGGCUCAACCUCCAACAACACCCAGGCAGCAGUGCAGCUCACCCCUGCUGAAGAACUUAAGCUUCCUUAGACUGAACAAACAUUAAAAGCAGCUUCUUAACUGAUCCCUGUAGGCUGAAGCCCCGUUAGAUUACUGGAGUAAUGGGUUUUUAUUGCAGAGUGCUUGGAUUUGUACAUAGAGAUUUGCCUACAGCCUCAGCAGUGGGUAGCCAUGGGCAGAGGGGCUUCUGAUUUUCCUGAAUAUAUCUGAUUCUUCCUUUACAAAUGAUCUCACAAGCUAAUAAGCUCAAAUAAACUUUUAAAUAAGAAAGCCUUGUAAGCAA